AUAAAGAAAGGGACCAAAAAAGAGAGUAUAUACUACUACAAAGCAAAGUAGCCAAACAAGAAAAGAAAAAAAUACUGUAGUUACAGCACAAGAAAAAAACUUGGAAUCUCAAUAACACCUAGCUAUAUCCCCCUUAUCUCUUUGCAUAUAUACAUACAUACAUACUAUAUUAUCAAAACCCUAAACUUUAUUCUGAUUAUACAAUGUCUGCAAUUGUUUGCGGUAAGAGAUCAUUCUUUGAAGAUUUACAAUCGCCGUCGCCGACUUCACCGUCGACGCCUGUUUCAAAGAAGCUCCGGUGUUCAUCCACCUCACCUAGACGAUUCUCGCCGACGGUGGCGGUGGAGGCAGCUGCCGUCGAUCAGCUGAGAGCUUUGUUUCCUGAUAUAGACAGUCAGCUUCUUGAGAAAGCCUUGGAGGAAUGUGGCAAUGAUUUGGAUGCUGCUGUUAAGAAACUGCAUGAACUUCAUCUUAGUCAUGGAGAAGGAAAGUCAGUUACAGAGGCUGAUGGAGAGAUGAAUGAUGGUAAAAAGAACACUGCUUCUGUCCUAAAUAAUCUUCCGGUUGAUGGUGCAGAAUGGGUGGAGUUGUUUGUAAGGGAAAUGAUGAGUGCUACAAGCACAGAUGAUGCCAGGACUCGUGCGACACGAGUGUUGGGGAGCUUAGAGAAAUCCAUUAGUGAUGGGGCAAGGGCAGCAGCAGCUCAAAAUUUUCGGAAGGAAAAUGUGAUGCUGAAGGAGCAAAUAGAAAUGAUUUUUCGAGACAAUACCAUUCUGAAACGUGCAGUGGCCAUCCAACAUGAACGUCAAAAGGAGUUCAAUGAUAAGAACCAGGAAGUGCAUCAGCUGAAGCAGUUGCUUGUUCAAUAUCAAGAGCAGUUGAGAACUCUCGAGGUCAACAAUUAUUCUUUGAAAAUGCAUUUGCAGCAGGCUCAUCAAUGCAAUUCUAUCCCUGGACACUUCCAUCCAGACGUCUUCUAAUAUAGAAAUGAGUUCAAACAAGGAAAUGGAACCUAGAAAAAGAUCAAGCCGGUUGGUGUCAUGUCAGUGGUGAUAAAGGAUGUCCAAGUAAAUUUGUAUAAUAUCUGUUCGUCUCUGAAUUACAAGGUUGUGUUGAGUUGAGUCCAUAGUGUCGAUGGUCUGACACAUUAGGUCGUAAAAAAAGUUGUUUCGAGUCCUGUAGCAAAGCUGUUUUAAUUUUCAGAUGGCUUACUUCUUUGUUUU